CGCGGAGCAACUCUGAACAAUUUUCUACAGUCCACGCGGCUCCCACAUCUACCUAACGAAGCCUCGCUAUUGGCAGAAAGCGGGAGUGACGGUUAAAACUCAAUCAGUUGAAGCCGACACCGAUCGAGAAUCCGCACUUAAUGGCUUCCUCAGAUUCCGUCAAGUAAACGAUAUCUGCUUUUAAUCUUCUACUUCGAGGAACAACAUACCGGAAAAGUUGAAAAUUUGCGGAAAUAAAUCCCCUAACAUUUCCCCGAAUCCCUCAACUAUCUGCUUCUUUUCAAACGGGCGAUACACAAAGAGGCUCUUUGGUGAAGGGAGGAGAUCAGAAGAUCUUCGCACGAGAUAUUCCAAUUUUUUUGCUUAAUAGUCGGUCAUGGAAGAUCAAAUGAAGUACCCAACAGUCCUUCAGAAAGUUGCCGCUCAUAUCCGUGUAAGUUCCAGCUUCUCUCAGGAUUCAAGAGCUUGCAACCAGUACUCUUACAGGCCUUUUUCUAUACCUGAGAGGCGAUUCCCCACCGCCACCGGCAGCUUUGCAAAUAACCUCACAAUGGUUAAGAGAGCUUCACCUGUUUUUGCACAAGCACCUUCAGAAAAAGGCAUUGCAGGCUUUGCCGUCGACUUUUUGAUGGGUGGAGUCUCCGGUGCUGUUUCAAAAACCAUUACAGCUCCUAUUGAACGUGUUAAGCUACUGAUACAGAACCAGGAUGAAAUGAUCAAGUCUGGUCGUCUUUCUGAACCUUAUAAGGGGAUUACAGACUGUUUUUCACGUACGGUUAGAGAGGAAGGUAUUGGCUCAUUAUGGAGAGGAAACACAGUGAAUGUUCUUCGUUACUUCCCCACCCAGGCCUUGAACUUUGCGUUCAAAGAUUACUUCAAAAGUAUGUUCAACUUUAAGAAGGAUAAGGAUGGUUACUGGAAAUGGUUUGCUGGCAACUUGGCUUCCGGAGCUUCUGCUGGCGCGACUUCCCUUCUCUUUGUCUAUUCCCUGGAUUAUGCUCGUACUCGUUUGACAAAUGACGCCAAGGCCGCUAAGAAGGGUGGAGAAAGGCAGUUCAACGGUCUAGUUGAUGUCUACAGGAAAACCAUUCAAUCAGAUGGCAUUAGUGGCCUCUACCGUGGGUUUAACAUCUCAUGCGUUGGCAUUAUAGUUUACAGAGGAUUGUACUUUGGAAUGUAUGACUCUAUCAAGCCGGUGCUCCUCGUCGGAAGCCUGCAGGAUAGUUUCUUGGCAAGCUUUGCCCUUGGUUGGUUGAUCACAAAUGGAGCUGGGCUUGCAGCCUAUCCAAUCGACACUGUCCGUAGAAGGAUGAUGAUGACCUCUGGCGAGGCAGUCAAGUACAGGAGUUCCAUGGAUGCAUUUUCUCAGAUUUUGAAGAAUGAGGGGCUGAAAUCCCUCUUCAAGGGUGCAGGUGCCAACAUCCUUCGUGCAGUUGCAGGUGCUGGUGUGCUUGCCGGCUAUGAUAAGCUGCAGAUACUUUUUUGGGGAAAGAAAUAUGGUUCUGGUGGCGCUUAAGUUCAUUUAUAAGGACGUUUGAUGUUCUUUAUUUAUUUUUUUUUAAACCUCCAUGAAUGGCACUAUGAACCUGUAAUUUGGGGAAUUUUGAUAUUUAGUGAUACUUUGUAUUCAGUGGAAGAUUGGUGAUUCUCAGGACUUGAAAUUGAUGGUGACUGACUAUUAUUACACAAAAUUUAAACACUAUCAAUAAGUUCCACGAAGGGAAUCUCAAUCUUCUUUAAAUAAAGUGCUGUAGGCAGAAAAGAAGUUCAACCAGAACUUGCAUUCUGCAGUCAUGACAUUAUUUCAACCCAGUAAUGCCAUCGCCUCUUGAACAAA